GACUAGCAUACUUAGUGUUAUUGUGGAAGCGCGUUACAGAAGUUCGGCAGAAAUUGAAACUUCUUUUAUAAAUAAUAUUUUUCUUAAGUGCGCAUAAUGUUGUCGGUAAAUACCGCUUGCCUCUUGGCGGCUCUCUUGGCGCUCGUCUACGUUUGGUGUCGCUACACGUAUGGCUACUGGAAACGCAAUAAGAUUCCCUAUAUGACGCCACUACCACUGAUUGGCAAUAUGGAAGUUUUUUUUAAAAUGAGCAAUAGUUUCUAUCUAUAUCUAUCUGACGUUUAUAAGGAUGCUAAAAUGUCAAAGGCUGCGGCAGUCGGCAUUUACAUACUCAACAAGCCAGCGUUAGUGCUACGUGAACCGGAACUUAUAAAAUCCGUGCUAAUCAAGGAAUUCCCGAAGUUCGCCAAUCGGUCAGCCGGCUGUGAUCCACACAAUGAUGCUUUGGGUUCGAAUAAUCUAUUUUUCAUACGCAAUCCACAAUGGAAAGAUUUGAGAACGAAAAUAACGCCGAUUUUCACAACGGGAAAGAUCAAACAAAUGUACCCACUAAUGACUGAGAUCGGCACGGAGUUGGAAGCCCAUUUGAAAUCGCAUGCGAAGAAUGGUGAUGCUUUCGUAACUGAAGUUAAAGAGGUUUGUGCAAGCUUCACCACCGAUAUAAUUGCCACCAUCGCUCUUGGUGUAAAAGCCAACAGUCUUGUAAAUCCAAACGCCGAAUUUCGCUCGCAGGGACGAAAAUUGUUCACCUUUACAUUCCGUCGUGCCAUUGACUUCUUCAUCGCCUUUUUUGUUACCAAGUGGGUCUCUACAUUUCGUAUUAAAAUUUUUACAGCAGAGUUCAGUUCCUUUUUACGUGGCACCAUCAGUCAUGUUAUGGCGUCAAGAGAAGAGAGCAAAGCGACUCGCAACGACCUCAUCGAUGUGUUGGUGAGCCUUAAAGAAGAAGCAGUUGCGAAAGGCGAAUAUAAUGCUCAGGUACAGGAUAUGUUGACAGCACAAGCUGCCGUAUUUCUGUCAGCUGGUUUUGAGACGUCAUCUUCGACGAUGACAUUUGCCCUAUACGAAUUAUCGAAACGUCCCGAUUUACAAGAGCGUCUGCGCAAUGAGAUCUGUGAAGCUUUCGUAGCUGAGCAGGGUACAAUGUCAUAUGAGACUAUCAAUAAUCUACCAUAUCUGAGUAUGGUAGUUGACGAAGUACUGCGUUUAUAUCCAGUACUACCUUAUCUCGAUCGUGAAUAUCUGCCGAAGGAGGGGGAAAAGCAAUUCGAUCUUAAACCGUUUUACGAUUACACAGUGCCCAUAGGUAUGCCUGUUUUUAUACCAAUCUUCGGCAUACAGCGUGAUCCCGAGUUUUGGCCCAACCCGAACACUUUCGAUCCUGAACGCUUCAACGCCGAGAAUAAGAAAACCCAUAAGCCUAUGUCCUACCUUCCUUUCGGCACUGGACCACGUAACUGUAUUGGUUCUCGCAUCGGUUUGCUGCAGUCUAAAAUCGGUUUGGUGCAUAUAUUGAAGAAUCAUUAUGUGACCACAUGUGAGAAGACACCGUCGGAAAUGACUUUUGAUCCACUUUCCUUAGUGCUAAGUUAUAAGGAUGGAGUUUACUUGAACUUUGUCAAUGACAAACUCUAUGAACGCAAUGCCAGGCAGUGUACCAUAGGCCUCUUGGCGGCUCUAUUGGCGCUCGUCUACGUUUGGUGUCGCUACACAUAUGGCUACUGGAAACGCAAUAAGAUUCCCUAUAUGACGCCACUGCCACUGAUUGGCAAUAUGGACGCUAGAAUGUCAAAAGCUGCGGCAGUCGGCAUUUACAUAUUCAAUCGGCCAGCGUUAGUGUUGCGUGACCAGAAACUUAUAAAAUCUGUGCUAAUUAAGGAGUUUCCGCAAUUCACCAAUCGGUCAAGCGGCUCUGAUCCACACAAUGACCCCUUGGUUUCGAAUAAUCUAUUUUUUAUACGCAAUUCACAAUGGAAGAAUUUGAGAACGAAAAUAACGCCGAUUUUCACAACGGGAAAGAUCAAACAAAUGUAUUCACUAAUGACUGAGAUCGGCACGGAGUUGGAAGCUCAUUUGAAUUCGUUUGCGAAAACAGACGACGCUUUCGUAACUGAAGUUAAAGAUAUUUGUGCAAACUUCACCACCGAUGUGAUUGCCACUAUCGCUUUUGGCAUUAAAGCCAAUAGUCUUAGCUCAACAAAAGUCAUGUCGGUCUACGGCUACCAACUGCUGAUCACAAUAGCGCUCAUCUUUGUCGCAAUGACCUUAAUACAACUUUGGUUGCAACGUCGUUACAGUUAUUGGCAUCGUCGUAAAAUACCAUAUCUCAAGCCCACACCGCUUUUGGGAAAUUUAAAAUCACUAUUGUUGUUACGUUCUUCUUUCGGCGACUACUUUCGCGGGCUCUACGAAGAGCAAAACUUCCAAUCGGCACCAUUUUUUGGUUUCUUUAUACUACAAACGCCCGCGCUGCUUAUACGCGAACCGCAAUUGAUCGAGCAGUUACUCACGAAACAGUUUACUAGUUUUCCCAACCGCUAUGAGGCUGCUGAUCUACAUAGUGAUCCAAUGGGCGCUUUAACGCUACCAUUAGCCAAAUAUGCGAUAUGGCGCAAGAGUCGACGAGAGAUUUCGAAACUUUUCACUAGUGGACAUAUCAAAAGUGUAAUGUAUCCGAAACUCAUUACCUACGCCGAACAAUUAGAAGAGUAUAUCACACGUAAAAUAAAGCAAGACGCGUCCGAACACAGUGUCCGAAGCGCUGCCGUCAUUGAGGUGAAAGAAAUGUGUGCGCUCUACACAACUGACGUCACAGCUGCGCUAUUGUAUAGCAUCGAUGCGGCAGGUCUACGCAAAGAUGGCUGCGAGAUGCGCACACAGUGUGAAGAUCUCUUCCAACCCAGUCUGCGUAAGAUUAUCGAUUUCUUCGCAAUAUUCUUUCUACCAAAAUGGGUGCGUAGGCUUAAAUCGAAAGUUUUCACACGCAAAUACGCCGACUACUUACGGCGUUUGGUGGAGGAACACUUGAAAGUGACCGAACGUAAGCCUGAUGGCGGCGAUCUUAUCGACUUGUUGUUGAACAUGCAACGGCAUUUGUGUGACUCAGAACCUUACAGCGCUUGGCUGCGUCAUCCGGACUUUAUCGCCGCGCAAGUGGGUAUUUUUCUAUUGGCGGGCUUUGAGACGUCCUCUUCAUUGAUCGCGCUCAUCUUAUACGAAUUGGCAAAGCAACCGGCAAUUCAGCGAAAAUUAAAAGCCGAAAUAGCUGCUGCUCGAGAUCCAUUCAAUGGCGGUGUAAGUUACAAACAGUUAUUGCAUAUGCCAUACAUGCAUAUGGUAGUCGCCGAAGGAUUGCGUCUCUAUCCGACAGCACCCUUCAUUAAUCGUGAGUGUUUGCCGAAUGGCGAGCAGCAGACGUUGUGGUAUGACAAGGGAAAGAAGUAUUUGAGCAUACCCAGAGAUGUGCCGGCAUAUAUCUCCAUUUUGGGCUUACAUAGUGAUCCAAAGUUCUGGCCCAAUCCACAACUUUACAAUCCACAAAGAUUUUCGCAAGAGAAACUGCACACCAUCAAACCAAUGACUUAUUUACCAUUUGGCGCCGGACCACAUGGUUGUAUUGGCAGUCGGCUUGGUAUGCUGCAAGUCAAGCUCGGUUUACUCUAUAUCUUAAAGCGGCAUCGUGUGGAAUUGUGUGAGAAAACAACGAAGGAAAUUCGAUUUGAUCCGAAAAGAUUUAUGCUAGAAGCUAAAGGUGGACUAUACUUGACGUUUAUUCAAGAUGAAUAAAUAAUAGCAAAUACUUUUUUUAACAUUUUAAGACUAAGAAAAUUUAUAAAGGCUUACAGGAGAGAUUGCCACGUAUUUACUAUUAUUUUAAUAAAUCGAUAAAAUGUUAUUGUAAUAUGCCAA